AUGGCCACUCCAGAACUAGGAAAACCUCAUUUAGGGACUAUCGAGGAGUCUGGCUUGUCUGACACGCGGUUGUCCCGAACUGCCAGCGAUGUUUCUGACCAGAGUGAUGAAGAAGGAUUCACAUACCCUGAAUCAGACUCGGAAGAGGAGGAAUUUGUUUACCCUGGUACCACUGAGGAGACCGCCACUGUUGCUAGUGGAGGGGAGCCACCUUCCUCAGAAAAUGUGGCCACUUCCAUUGCGGAUCCAGAAGCAGAGCAAGAACAAAUACCCGUUUCACCUCCUAUGGUGCCAGUAGAUGUAAUUGCAUCUCCAGUAUCUUCGCCAGCUAUACCCGUGACCCAACCUCAUCCAUCUCCUGCUCAGUUGGAAGCUUUGUCUGCAGCUGCUUCUUCUGGGGACCUGUCUCUUUUGAAGAAGCUCUUCCAGACAGCUUCGCAAGGCAGUCAAGUUGAGGCCUUUGCACUGUCAAAUGACGCGUCUCCUCGAACAGGCUUCACUGUUUUGCAUGCCGCAGCUAGUCGAGGUUACUUAGACAUCGUCAAAUGGCUCACCGUCGUCUCAGUGGUAGAAGAUUGCGGUGCAAUUCCAGAUCUAGAGGAUCGCGAGGGAGAAACUGCUUUACACAAAGCCGCUCUUCAUGGCCACCUACCAAUUAUCACAUAUUUACUACCGGAUAGAGCAGACGUGAAUGCUCGCGAUGCUGACGGCUGGACAGCUCUCCACAACGCCUGUUCAAAAGGCUAUCUUGAUAUUGUGAGGUGGUUAUGUGAGCAUGGAGGUAUUUCUAGUGUGGACAUUCGGAGUAAAGGUGGAUGGACUCCUCUUAUGAAUGCGGCGUCAAAAGGACACUCGCCUAUCGUUAUAUAUUUACUUACAAAGCAAGAAGCAAAUCCUCUUGUCCGGAAUAUUUGGGGUGAGACUGCAUAUGACGCUGCUGCUGCAGUGUUCGAGGUAUGGAUAUGUGAGGUCUUACAAAAAUCAGAAGCAGAGCGAUGGCGCAGAACCACUGUCCCGUACAACCCUCUCGCGGUGCACACGACCGUCCCCUUGAUCCUUUACGAGAACCAGCGCCUGGACGCACGGCUGAAAACGUUGGCAGUGUCUGGUGGGAAGCCAAAGUGGUCACACUAUGGCCUUGGUAGGCCGGGUCGGCGUGCACUAUUCGAGUUGAAACUGCCUUCCCCAAAUGACGCGGGCGCCACACUGGUUGCUGCCUGGCGAAGUGGUGUCCAGCUUCCACUGAUCGGAGAUCCUUGGUCAUUACCAGAAACAAGCUCCAGGGACAGGCCCGCCGUUGAGGACACCGAAAGAAGUCACUUCUGGCUGUCUGAUUGGACGUUGGAUUACCCUGGCGUUGAUGUGGAGGCAGCCUGGGAAUAUGCAGAGGACUUUUCCUCGCCCGAUGAAGCCUGGAUUGCCGAACCGCCCCCUCAGCUUCAGCGUUUACUGAGCGGGAGUGGACUUAUGACAGCUAGCUUAGGCGCUCCUUCCAGAAGCCACAGCCGUACAAGCAGCAGUAGCUCAGUGACCUCCGCAUCUGUGGCCGCACGAGCUCCGACGUGGGAACCGGAUGGAGCCAUGUACCAUCUUGCGUCUGAUGGCUCUCUCGUCCCAUUUACCGAGAACGACCAGGGCGAUUUUGGAGAAGGCGAAGGACAGGAACUCGGAGCGAUGACCUCCACAAGACUGUCAUCGGCCCAGGACUACGUCUCUCGUGCUUGGUAUCUAGUCGGAACUCAACGGGAUGCUGUCGUCGGCGAGGAGACUUUAUCUGCUGUCGAAGCAAGGCGUGCUAUUGCCAAACUUGAGCGUGCAACCACUGAACUGCGACAGGGUAUUCUUAAUGGUAUCCAAGGCGAUGGUGAUACAGAACGAAAAACUCAGGCUGAAGUCCUGCUCAACACCUACAGCAGAGAGCUCGAGCGUCGCCGACUCGCGGCUGGUAAUCAAAGAUGGCUCAUCUCUGGCCCAGAUGACGAUUAUGUGGAAGACGACGAUGAGGACGAAGAGGAGUUCCGCUAUCCUGGUUAUACGCCUUCAGGCGCGCCUAUCCACCCAACUUCUGUUUCUCGUCCACCUACGGAUUUGACUCCUCACCUCUCUCAGGCACCUGACUUCCGCGUGCCUACCCACGAAGCACCUCAGAAAGUUUUAAGUCCCAGGUGGACUGCCCCCACGCCUUACCAAGUCCAUGCGCAAUGGGAAAGAGACGAUAUGGUGUCCAAUUGUAAUGACUGUCAUCGGCGGUUCGGAUUUCUUUUAAGAAGACAUCAUUGUCGCAAGUGUGGUCGGAUUUUUUGUGACCGUUGCUCUUCUCAUCGAGCACUCCUCGAUCCGUCCGUUAUUGUUCGUGACCCUGUGUUUCCAGAAUCAGCAGCAUCCUCUUCGACUCAGCGUGUCUGUCAAGGAUGUCACGAUGAAAUCAAUGCCAGUCUCCCCACUAGAUUCUCAGGCUCCACCUCGUCCACCAUGGAAAGAAUCGUGGUCGAUCAAAGAAGGCUCAUGGCCCCUGGACAGCUCCACAGGCAGGAGUCUAGUUCGCAACUAAGCGACCUUGCAGAGUGCCCUGUGUGCAGCACUAGCCUUGCAGAUCUUGGACUACCGGCAGAACAAGAAGCCCACGUGAAGAUUUGUCUGGAAGGAGACGCUGAGACAACACCUCAAGCUGCUAAAUAUCUGGUUUAUAAAUUGCCUGGCGAGAGCGCACUUCUGGGUGUUGAAUGCAAGUUUUGUUUUAUUACUCUUGUGUGA